AUGAAUGUGCAAGCUUAAUUUCGAGCUAACAAUCAAAACCAUUCAACAUGUAUUGCUCCUUGGCAUUGAUCGCUCUCAUGGCUACUGUAGCCAUUGUUUCAGCUGAUGGAGAUAUGCAUCAUAUAACUGAAGAAGAAUUUUGUAAAUUACCGAAUGAUAAAAGAGACAAAUUGUGGAAAUGUUUCGAACCCAAAGUACCAAAAAAGGUUGUAAUAACUUGGACUGACUGCGCCAAGAAGAUCUAUGGUGUCGAUUCACCAUACCAAGCAGCUAUGAAGAUGUGCACCAAUGACGAAGACCUGAAACAUAAACAGAUGGAAGAAUGUUGCGAAAGCAGCAAGAAAGAUCUAACUGAUGAAGAAAUGAUUAAAAUCAUUAACGACUGCAUGAAAGUAAUUAAUUAGGCAAUGCUUUCAACCUUUUUCUCCAGUCUAGAAGUAAGGAAGAUUUAUGAUAAUUAAAAGAUACGAUAUCGUGAUUACUGCAGCAAUAUGUAAACUAAGCAUCGAA